AACGACCCGUGGGUUGUAUUUCAAACCACUGCAACAUUCGUAUCAUCCCUUUAAAAUGGAUUGCCUGAAUGUUUCUAGUAUAUUGCCAAUCUCACCAAGGAAAAAGCGAGGACAAAUCCAGGUCAUAUUUGGACCAAUGUUCUCUGGAAAGAGCACUGAAUUGAUGCGGAGAGUGCGUAGGUUCCAGGUUGCACAGUACAAGUGCCUCGUGAUAAAAUAUGCCAAGGACACUCGCUAUUCUGACCGAGGGGUUGCCACACAUGACAAGUAUACAAUGGAGGCAGUACCAGCCAACUGCCUUGAGGAUGUGCGUUCUCUGGCACUGCAGGCUUGUGUCAUUGGCAUAGAUGAAGGACAGUUUUUUCCAGACACCGUGGCGUUCUGUGAGGAAAUGGCCAACAAUGGCAAGAUCGUGAUUGUUUCAGCACUGGAUGGUACCUUUCAGAGGAAGGCAUUUGGCAACAUCCUGAACCUAGUGCCGCUGGCAGAAAGUGUGGUAAAGCUGAAUGCAGUCUGCAUGCAGUGCUUCAAAGAGGCUGCCUACACCAAGAGGCUCGGUGCUGAGAAAGAGGUGGAGGUGAUCGGAGGAGCUGACAUGUACCACGCCGUGUGCCGUAGCUGUUACGGGGGCCUUUUGGCAAAGAGUGGGAAAGAAAAUUGUGAGCCUUCUCGAGAGGAGACGCCUCCGAACAAGGUCUCCGGCAAGCAGCUGGACCUGAGCGCCCAACGUAAACUGUUUGGCCAACUACAGCUCUGAGUGGGUCUCAGAUGGGCAUGAUUGGCACACUACAGCUCUGAGUGGGUCUCAGAUGGGCAUGAUCGAUGAACUGAGGCAGAGCAUCAAAACCAACCAGUGUCAUUUGUACAUGUCAGAUUAAUUCUUUGUGGUACAAGACUGUUGUAAAAUGUAAAUUUGUUAGAAUUAACAUAUAUUUGGUUGUUUACAUUGUGUGUAUUUUUAAAAGCUUUUUCAUCAACGAUCACAAUCAAACAUCUUUUAUCAAACAUCACUUUCUGUACAAUACAUGUGUAUAUACCAGUAGCAUAACUAUGAUUUGAUGUUUUGAUUUUGCAUAUUAUAUUUAAUGAAAUAAACUAUAGUUGUCAUUUCAGACCUAA